AUGAUAGAGGUUGAUCACUUGGGUGCGGUGAGAGAGAAGCUAAAGAACAUGAAAGUUCUUAUCUUUAUCGAUGAUAUGGAUGAUGGAGUGGUGUUAGAGACAUUAGUUGGUGGGGAUGAAUGGUUUGGUCCUGGAAGCAGAAUCAUUGUGGUCACAAAGGAUAAGCAGAUUCUAAGGGGUCAUGGGAUCGAAUAUGUUUACGAGGUGGAUUUGCCGAGUGAAGAAUUAGCUCUUCAGAUAUUCUGCCAAUGCUUUCAGGCAAAAUUCUCCACCUCAUGGUUUCAUGGAGCUGGCUUCUGA